CUUACGUUGAUUCAGAGGAGGCUGACAUGACAGAGCUGUUAUAACGACACUCUCCUGUAUACACCCACCAACACAAGGAAGAGCAAAGUGAGCAACCUGGAAGCACACCGGGGAAAAGGACUAGCAAUCUGGCGUUUCCUGGAAAGCAGAGUGCAAACUGUCUGAAGGCUAGCAGCCUGUAUGCGGACUACUAACGAAAGCCCAGCCACUACCGUGUUAGGUGUUGCUGUUGUGGAAAUGCAUCUGUAAUAUCACACAAACUAGGAUUCCUGGAGUUUAAAGGAAGGAGCGGCUGGGAGAAACAUCUGUUUAACUAUUUAUAAAACAUCAUCCCGUCAUUUCUGUGUCCAGCUUCUUAAAUGAUCCAGAAAACGAGGCCUCCGCUACUCCAGUCUCAAGAUGUAGGAGACAAGAUGGAAACACUAAUGUUGCAUCCAGUGCUAAAGGCCUUUGUGUGUGGUUCCAUCAGUGGGACCUGCUCCACCCUUCUCUUCCAGCCCCUAGAUCUGCUUAAAACCCGGCUGCAGACCCUGCAGCCUUCCAUCAAUGGGUCAGGUCAUGUUGGGAUGGUAGCUUUGUUCAUUAGGGUUAUUCGCACUGAAAGCCUCCUAGGGCUCUGGAAAGGGGUCUCACCAUCCUUCGCAAGAUGCAUCCCUGGGGUCGGGAUUUACUUCAGCACCUUGUACAAGAUGAAGCAGUACUUUCUCUUGGACCGCUCCCCCACAGCCCUAGAGUCUGUCUUUCUGGGCAUUAGCUCCCGUACAGUAGCAGGGGUUUGCAUGUUGCCCAUAACCGUGGUGAAGACACGAUAUGAGAGUGGGAAGUAUGGCUAUGAGAGUGUGUAUGGAGCCGUGAGGAAUAUCUAUCGGACAGAAGGGGCCCGGGGCUUGUUCUGUGGGCUGACUGCAACGCUCCUGCGUGAUGCACCCUUUUCCGGCAUCUAUUUGAUGUUCUACACCCAGACCAAAAAAGUUAUACCUCAGGACCAGUUUGAUCCAGCGCUCACCCCCUUAGUGAACUUCAGCUGUGGAAUCUUUGCUGGAAUCCUGGCUUCAUUGGCGACACAGCCUGCUGAUGUAAUCAAAACCCACAUACAGCUGACACCUGAAAAAUACCGCUGGACGGGGCAGGCCAUUGCCUUAAUCUUCAAGGACUAUGGACUGGUUGGCUUUUUCCGUGGCGGCGUCCCCCGUGCCCUGCGGCGCACUCUGAUGGCAGCGAUGGCAUGGACUUUAUAUGAGCAGAUGAUGGCAAAAAUGGGACUGAAAUCCUGAAGGGCUUGUAGUGGAGGAGACCAGCCUAAGCCCUUCUCCUGUUCAGCUGGUGUGAUUUCCCAGUUCUGCGCGGGUGGAUCUUUGUUCCACCGUGGUAGAGCGAUAACGAUUUCUGAUCCAGAGGACUAGGCUGCAAAACAUGCCCUCUCUGAUACAAAUGCAGGCAGGAGAGAGAAGGUUUUGACCUUGCAUCUUCAGAGUAAAGCAUUCCAGGAGGACCGUAUCAUUCAACUUCCUUGGAAGAUGGGAGGGUUCCAGUGUCCUACGAACUACAUGGUUACGGUAAAGACCGUUGAAAGAAACCCCUUUAGAAUAGUCCUAUGUGCCCUGAGAAGCCUUUGCACAGAAGCUAGCUGAGGCAUUUGGGGAAGAAGUGAUUGGACUUGGACUACAGAACUCUGCAACUUUCUACCGUGGUGGCCUGGGAUCGUAGACUGGGCACACCAUGUGCCAUCUGACACUCGUCCUGUUAUCUGUCAGUGUAUUUUGCUCCUGCACCCAUGGGGAAGGCAUAGAGGAGAAUGCUACGAGGGGCACCAUGUAACAAUUUGUUUCAGAGUUUGCUUAAUGUAUUAAUACGUGUAUUAGAGUGAGAAAGGGGGAAAUGUGUAUCUGAAAGGAAUGCUGGGAAAUGCAGUCUUACCAUACCUUGCACAGUAGCUUUGAUGAUGGAUAAUGUAGCUGGGAACCUAACUGACAUCUCCGUUGUGGCUUGCAGCAAAGGGCUUUACGCCUCUUCCCUUGUGCUUUAGGUUGUAUUUCCCACAGCAUGACCCAAUGUCUUGGAAGAAGACAUUUUCCACUGGCUUUAUUCUUUGUCUAUAGGCAUUUGUUAUGCCUACCCACAUGACUACCAUGGCAGGGCAAAAGCAUUGACUGUCUUGAAAUAUGACUUAGCUAAGAGAGAUGGAAGGCCAGAAAAAGGACUUGAGAAAUGGAGUCUCUUUUUGAAACUCCAUUUGCAGCCUUUCUGUACCAGCUGUUUUUCUUGAACUGUUUAAAUUGAGCUGUAGCUUUGGACCAUUAUCCAGGUUUAACUCCAAAGGAUGUAAAUGCGUCUGUAAUAAAACAUAUCAUGCAAGAA